AUGCACGUGUAUAUCCAGGCAGCCUCGCCGUGGCUGAACGAGCACCUGAAAACCUUCAUCAGCAGACAUGUGAAAGACGCAAUCUUUUAUGAUGAUUUCGAAGACAUCCCCAAAGAUGUCAGCACCGUGUUCCAAUUCUGCGAUGGUUGGGAGCUCAAUGAAAAUUUCGCCUUGGUCAAUUCAGCGGAGAAGGCUCUUAUCAACGCAUAUCCCAACAGCGACGCCUUGUCAAGGAAAAAUUACUUGUCACGAGUCAUUGAGUACUGGACUACCAAGAGGCCCGAUAGCAUUCUCGCUGCCCAUUCUCCACUGACUGUGCGUCUGUCAUUGGAUUAUGCCGAAUACGUGGACGACGCAUUGACCGCAGCAGACGAUCUUGCUCUUCUUUACUCGCUUGAGGAAAAUGAGGACAAAAAUCCUGAUAACCGCGAAUGGUGGAUCCUCAAGCCUGCGUUGGUGGAUUGUGGCGCUGGUAUCAGACUCUUCAGUACUGUUGAUGAGCUUGCGAGUCAUCUUGAACUCGCUGAGUAUGAGACUGAUGGAGAAGAGGAGUCCUCGGGAGAAGAGACCGAGAAAUCGUCCGACGAUGAUAAUGGAUUUUCCCCAUCCUUAUCACUCCCGGGCCUCGACACCUUGGAUGCUCUCAUCACUGUGACGGGCAAACUGAAACUUGACAACGGCUCUGACACCGUCUCCCGUGGGUCCAAAGCGCAACCGUACGUUUUCAAAGCGGGCGGCCGCAUCCCUUCAUCUGAAAUGCGAGAGUUUGUGGCUCAGCGCUACAUCACGUCCAUCCUACCCCUAGAAAGGAGGAAAUGGCACGUCCGGGCAUAUGUUCUCUCCAUCGGCCGCUUGAAGGUCCACGUCUUCCGAGACAUGCUUGCGCUAUUGGCCUCGGAAGACUAUGCUCCGCCAUGGCUGAACCCAAGCCUCAAGUCGUCGCUCACCAACACCGCGUUGCAAGACGAGGAGGAUUUCGUGUCCAAGGAGUCGAUGAGAAAUUUCUGGGAUAUUCCUGACGAUCUGCUGCCUUGUGGCAAAGAAGGAAAGAAUUGGAAGGAGAACCUGUUUGAACAGAUCUGCAACAUUUCAGCAGAUAUAUUCGAAGCCGCCGCCAAGACCAUGUCGGAUCGCUUCAUCACGAUGGACAGCUGUUUCGAGCUGUUUGGUGUGGAUUUCUUGAUUGAUUCCAACGGCUCUGCUUGGUUGUUGGAGGUCAACGAAACGCCAGCUUUCUAUGAGCAAGGUGUGGCAGGUCCCAUGUCUUUGAGACUGAUGGAGUCUCUCAUUUGCGUUACUUUGGAGCAUAUGGGCCUCGCUCGGUUGGACGAUGAGCGGCAUGCAGCCGCGAGGAAGAUGAUGGUUGAGGUGUUGGACCAAACCAAUGAGCUCGGUAAGAGCCAUAUUCGGGAGAUAGUUCCCGAGUAG